AUGCUGAGUAGUUUUGCUGCCUCCCUAACCCAGUCGGUCAGACCAGUGACUAUUAAGGUUUACCUCAGUGCUAUCAAGAACCUGCACCUGGAGCUCGGUUAUGUCGACCCGACCGAGGGUGCGCACUUCCUCAAGCGAGUGGUACGCGGUAUUUGCCGUUGCCAUGGAGUAGCCGCUGUCCGCCCCAGGCUGCCAAUCACGUUUCCUAUUCUCUGCAGUCUGGUUGACACCUGCCUAGCUGCUCCAACCAUGUGCCCUCACGACAAGCGCUGCCUGCAUGCCGCUAUGCUUGCCGUGUUCUUUGGUUUCUUCAGAUGCGGUGAACUGCUAGAAGCACCUACCACGCGCGGCUGUUUGACAUUCGAGUCAGGGAUGCUCCAUGUGCACCUACCACGCUCGAAGACAGACCCGUCCGGGGAAGGUACGACGGUGCUGAUCGGGCCAGCGGUGCCGCCAUACUGCGCUGUGAGAGCCAUGCUCACCUACCUCACUGCAACCGCCUCUGCUCGUCCAGGCAGUGCUGUGUUCAUCCUGGCCAACGGGCAACGCCUCAACCGCAGCACUUUUACAGCCCACGUACGCACGCUGCUUAGCACCAGCGGCGUGGCAAACUGGCAGGACUAUGCAGGCCACAGCUUCCGUAUCGGGGCCGCUACCACUGCUGCCCUUGCUGGCGUCCCCGACCACCAGAUCCGCUCCGCGGGACGGUGGCGCAGUGAUGCAUGCCUACGCUACAUCCGGACCCCACCGUCAUCGGCCCGAACGCUGGCCAGCAAACUAUCCUCAGUAAGAUCAUCUCCCUGA